GGAGUUUUCAACCUGAGACCUUCGAUGGUCAUCAUCACUCUCGCACUACCGGUGCUACUGGCUCUUAAAGCAGCUGCGUUGCAUGCACCGAGCAUCCGGAUAUCUGCUGCUCCUUUUUCACCGCUUCUUCUCAGCAGCCCAUUCACGGCUGCAGCAACACCUCCAUCCAGGUCCCAACCAUCGCACAAUCCGCGCUGACUGGCUGCUGCCAGUGGUUUAAAUGUUGGGAGACAAGGCUCACGGUGUGACUUUGAAAGUUAUGGAGUACACAUAUGACGAAGACCUGGAAGAGCUGUGUCCUGUGUGCGGGGACAAAGUGUCCGGAUACCACUACGGUCUGCUCACCUGCGAGAGCUGCAAGGGCUUCUUCAAAAGGACAGUGCAGAACAAUAAGAGGUACACGUGUGCAGAGAACCAGGAGUGUAAAAUAGACAAAACCCAGAGGAAGAGAUGUCCCUUCUGUCGCUUCCAGAAGUGCCUCAAUGUGGGGAUGCGGCUAGAAGCGGUGCGCGCAGACCGCAUGCGUGGGGGAAGGAAUAAAUUUGGCCCCAUGUACAAGAGAGACAGGGCCUUGAAGCAGCAGAAGAAGGCUUUGAUACGAUCCAACGGGUUCAAGCUGGAGAGCGCUGCUCCUCAACCGGCCUCUCCUCUUCACACUGACUACGGAUUCAGCCUGCCCACCAUCUCCAAAAGUCUGCUUCCCUCCACCCCGAGCUCCGUCACCCCUACAGAUUACGAGGCCAACCUCUACGGAAGCCCAUCCCUGGGCAUGGUCAUGCAGUCCCACGUGCCCCUCUCCUCUCAGUACCAGUACACAUCCUUCCCCGGCAGGGCGAUAAAAGCCGAAUGUCCCGACUACACCAGCUCCCCUGAGUCCCUGAGCGGAUACCCCUACCCAGACAUGUACCCCUCGGCCUCGCCACAGCCGCCCAGCCUGCCGCCGCUGGUGGUAGAGCUGUUGCGGUGCGAUCCGGAUGAGCUAGUGGUGCAGAAUAAGAUCGUGGCUCAUCUGCAGCAGGAGCAGAGCGCCAGGGGCCGGCUGGACAAGCCCAGCACCUUCAGCCUCAUGUGUCGCAUGGCAGACCAGACUCUAUUCUCCAUAGUGGAGUGGGCUCGGAGCUGCAUCUUCUUCAAGGAGCUCAGGGUGGGAGAUCAAAUGAAGCUGCUCCAUAACUGCUGGUCUGAACUUCUGGUCCUGGAUCACAUCUUCAGACAAGUGCAGCAUGGACAGGAAGACAGUUUCCUGCUGGUGACCGGCCAGGAGGUGGAGCUCUCGUUCAUCCUGUCCCAAGCUGAGGCGACUCUGUCCAGCCUGGUCCAGAGGGGGCAGGAGCUGGCGGCGAGGCUGCGGGCGCUGCAGUUGGAUCGCAGAGAGAUCGCUUGUCUAAAAUUCCUCCUCCUGUUCAAUCCCAAUGUAAAGCUGCUCGAGGACCAGGCAUUUGUGGAGGGCGUCCAGGAGCAGGUGAACGGGGCUCUGCUGGAGUACACUCUGUCCACCUACCCUCAGUUCCAGGAGAAGUUCAGCCAGCUGGUUGUGCGGCUGCCGGAGCUUCGCUCGCUCAGCACGCAGGCAGAGGACUACCUGUGCUACAUGCAUCUGAGCGGAGAGGUGCCCUGCAACAACCUGCUCAUUGAGAUGCUGCACGCCAAGCGAGCUUGCGUGUGAGGGAUACACACAGACCAAAACCAUCAACGUGCCAUUACUUCAUGACUUUCCAGCCCUACCUGUGCCACCGUCUCAGAACCCAUUGAAAAAACUUAGUCAAUGACAUUUGGUGCAGAAUAGUUGUAUAUGAAAAUGUAAUUUUGUCACUCUCCACUGAUGGGAAUUUCUGACAUAUUCCUGUAUAUUUUAUAUAUUUUUAAGAAGAUAAGUGAAUCACACAUUGGGCCAAUCGGCCACAAACGGUGUUAUAAACCUCUGUACUGUGUUUGUAGCAGUCAGUGAUUCAUCUCUGGCCCUUACUAUGUUGAACAGUUGAACUCCCAGAUGCUUGUAAAGUGACACAUCCUAUGUUAAAGCACAUGACUCUCAGCAAUGUUAGAACAGAGCAUCCAAUUGAAAAACUAAAACACGGUCAAAGCAGUGUGUGUAAUGUUGUGCAGCUCAACUUUCUCACUGUGGCAAUUUAAAAUCAUUCCUGGUUCAUCCUUUUCAAGGUAUUGUAGACAAUCACUCCGUCUGCCUUAACUGUCUGCACACACACACCUUGGGUUUCCAGUUGAGAUAGCUGUGUGUGUUCACUGUACAGUAUAUUUAUGUUGUGAAGUGACUAUCUCAUGCAAGAUGAAGAUAUAUUUCAACGCAAAAAGUUCUUCGCUUUAUGUCAAGGUCAAAUUGCUACUGUUGUGGAACUGAUUCACUUGAUAUUGCCUUUGUUUUUGCUAUUUGUUAACUUUUUAGUUUCCUGUGAGUUGACAGUCUCGUCUUAAACUGAAGUUUUUCUCUCUUAAAAGAGAAAGUGACCAACACUUUUUUUCUUUCAAUAUAUUUUAUUGUAAUAGCAUCAAACCAAUAAAUUUCAGUGAAGUAAAGCUCCACUUGUGUGUCUGCUAAUAUUUCACAACAUGAAUCAGUGCACAUAUGAGACCACGAUCAUCAGGUUUCAUCACCUCAGUCAUAGUGUGGCUGUUGUUAGCCU